UCCACUCUCCCCUAAAAAACCCAAAACCCUUCGGGAAAAACCCUAAAUCAUCAUCAUCAUAUAUACACACACACACAUAUCAAACUUUUCUGAAGCAUUGUUUCAUUCGGCUUGCCAUGAAUUUACUAGCCAGAGCAAGACCAUCAUCAGCCUAUCUGAUUUUCUCUUCUCCUUCACCAAGAAGGUGCCUUUUUUACAUCCACCCCAUUGCUGCUCCUCUUCAACAAUGCAGUUUCUUUUCCAGUAAAGCUGCCUAUAGUAGCCAGAAAACGCAGCAAGCUACCAAGCCAAGAACCCAGAAAUCUUCUCAAUCGUCUUCAAGUUUUACUCAGAGAAUCAAGAAACAAGCAGAGGCGCUUGCUACUGUUUGGCCCAAGCCAAGAGAGAUGCCAUAUCAAGAGAAAGUUUCCAAUUUUGUGAAUUUGAUCGGUCAUAUCAGGACACCGGUUCGUUUUGAGGCUGCUUCUGAUGGGAAACACUUUUCUACCACUGUGAUUUCUCUAGGAAAUGGAGGUGAGAGAAAUUCUCUGUCGAUUCCUGUGGUGUUUGAGGGAGACUUAGCUCAUGUUGUCGCUUGUCAUGUCAAGGAGAACGAUUGUGUUUUCGUGUCAGGGCAGUUGAGUGUGGAUCCUGUGAGAUUGGUGUCGAGUGAGAGUCUUGGGAAGUUUCAUGUUGUGGCGGAAAAUCUUAACUUUGUCCAGGGACUUGAGAAGAAUUUUUUAGAUAAGAAAUUAGGCGUGGAAACUGACAAGCCUGGUAAGCACGGGGCUAAAAAGAUUGAGGAGGUCAUAGAAAGGGUGGAUAAUGAUCCCUAUUUUAUGAAGCAGUUGGGAGAAGUACUGAAAAAUCAAGAUACGAGGAGAGUUGAGAGUUCUGUCAAGCAGUCGAGGAAUGCUGACUCUGUGUCAGCGCCUCCAACUGCGACUUUGGAAUGUGGAAAGGAUGAGUCAGUACGAGAAAAAUGUAAUGGAAGGAAUGGAGGGAUUGCUAUUAAGAAAAAAGGAGCAAAUCAAAACUUGGAUUUGUGGAGGGAUCUUGUCAAGAAUCCCCUGCAGUGGUGGGAUUAUCGCGAUCAUAAGAGUAAUGGACUGGUUAAAGAAAAAUUCCCGGAUUUUAAGCAGAAGGUGACUGAAGAGGCACUCUGGGUCACCAGUGCGCCAGAAUGGGUGUUGCAUGGACUUGGAAAACUGGAGUUUGAUGUUAAGCCAAUGAAACAAAAGCAAAUGCAGGGAGGUGAGAGGCCUGGUGAGAGAAAAAAGAGUGGUAAACUUGAUCAUUUUUGGAAGGAUUUGGUGGAAAAUCCUGAUAACUGGUGGGACAACAGAGCGCAGAAGAAAAACCCGAAAGCACCCGACUUUAAAAACAAAGAAACAGGUGAAGUUUUAUGGUUAAGCAGCUCACCAGGUUGGGCAUUAUCCAGGCUACCGCCCAUGAAAGAUGGUUAAAGGCUACUGAUGAAAUGAGCUUCCCUGCAAUUUGAGUGGUCUGAAGGGAUUGAGUCCAAGUUCAGAAUUUUGAUGCUCCAUAUAUGCUGCCAGUUUUGAGUGUUUAAGCCUGCAUGAUUUUGAGAGUGCGAACACUGUUGGAACUGAACAAGAAAGCCACCUUAGAAUCUUUGGAAAUGUGCUUCGGAUUCAUUCUCUGACUAGUUCUGUUUAUAUAGACGAUUUCUAGUUGCAACCUUGUUUGCACAUUGUGCAUAAUUUUGUUCAAUUCCUAUUUACAGGGUUUUGAUGCAAUUGCUUCAUGUGUUUUAUGAA